UUUGGUUCUCCUCUCUCUCUCUCUCAGUUCCGCCUUCUUCAAUACCAGUGAGUGAAGGUGAAACUCGUGCACGCGACUCGGCGCCUUCCUCACUCGUUUCUCUUUGAAUCAAAUCAAUUUCGAAGGCAAUGCUUUUUAAAACAUAGCAAGCACUUUCCCAAACCCUACAUUGACUAUUAGGAACUCUCAAUCCUCUGAUAGUGAUCCUCGCCAAUUUUCAGCUUCAAUGGCCUUCUAGUAUAUGUGUGUUUCUUUGUUGCUUGAUUCUCUCAUUUCAGUCACUUAGGGUUUCGCUAUCCUUUCAUUUUCUUGUUUUGUAGAGACAAGUUCUGAUUCCUGGCUGAGUUCAAAGAGGGCAUGAAGCAAGAAUCGGAAUCUGAGAUUUCUCUGGAGAUUCAGUCUCUAAAUCAAUGUGAUCAAGUCGCUCCUACUCCAUCUUCAGAAAUUGAUGCUGGUUCAGAGUCUCAGUUGAUGUUUUCCGUGCACGUGUCUGAGAAUCCCGGUGGUAUAGUGAAAAGUUCUGCUGUAAAUGGUUAUGUUGUUUAUACCCGAACAAAGUCGUCUCGGCAUUUGUGUGAUGGGUCUCCUGCAAACCGGUCUCUUAAGAGACACAAGACCUCUGAACAUCGGGAACCAAAUGCAGACCUUCCAGCUGUUGGUGGCGUCGAUGAAGUAGAGGUGAACAAAAAAAGUUUCGAAUAUGAAGUCGUUUGCCAUUUCGAAAGGCGUAUUAAGUGUAGUGAAUUAAAGAACGAGCCCAUGCAGUUUCUUGCCGGGGAAGGUGGCUCCAAUGAGGUUCCUGCGGAGCAUUUUAACAACAGCGAGGUACAGAAAAAUGUAGAUAAAACAGUGAGGCGGUUUACGCGAUCGGCAUUGAAACCAAAGGUUGAACGCAGUGAUAAGACGGGGACUGCUCCAGAAGCUGCUCAAACAGCAAAUAAUAGACCAGAUGAGAAAGAGACCGCCUCUCUAAGUGCGCCAACAAUUCCGCAUAGUAAGUUGGAACUAAAAAUGUCCAAGAAGAUUGUGCUCAGCAAGAAGCCUAUAACGGUCAAGGAACUCUUCGAUUCUGGUUUACUGGAUGGGGUUUCAGUAGUUUACAUGGGCGGCAAGGCUUCUGGCCUGCGGGGUGUUAUUACAGAUGGAGGGAUCUUGUGCUCUUGUUGUCUGUGCAAUGGGCACAAGGUUAUUCCACCUUCCCAAUUCGAGGUUCAUGCUUGCAAAUCAUAUAGGCGAGCAGCACAGUAUAUUUGCUUUGAAAACGGAAAGAGCCUGCUUGAAUUAUUGAGAGCAUGCAGUGGAACUCCGCUGCAUACAUUGGAGACGACAAUUCAAAAUUUUGUUUGUUCUCCACCCCAAGAAAAAUAUCUUACGUGUAAAAGGUGCAAAGGAUGUUUUUCCUCUUUACGAGUGGGAAAAGUACGGCCUAUAUGUAGAACUUGUGUUGAAUCAAAGGAAUCUGAAGGCAGUUUGCUUGGUGUGGUGGGUAAAAGAGUCAGGACAACAAAUCGGGUUAGUAGCUCAAAGUCUUCCGAGACUGCAUCUGUGCCUAUCCUAUCACGAAAGAAGUCUCUGCAGAAGUUGAAGAAGUCAACAAAAUUUUCAGUAAAACUAAAGACCCCACUAAUUUCAUCAAACUCAGAGUGUUUAUCUUCACAAAAUAAGAGUCAAUGGAAGAUCACUAAAAAGGAUCAGCGGUUGCAUAAAUUAGUUUUUGAAGAAGGUGGAUUGCCUGAUGGAACGGAAGUUGCUUAUUAUGGACAUGGGCAGAAAUUGCUUGAGGGUUACAAAAAGGGCUUUGGAAUACUUUGUCGGUGUUGCAACACAGAGGUCAGCCCAUCACAAUUUGAGGUCCAUGCCGGCUGGGCUUCUCGCAGGAAACCUUAUGCGUACAUCUACACUUCAAAUGGGGUGUCUCUCCAUGAAUUAGCUAUUUCUCUUUCAAAAGGCCGCAAGUACUCUGCAAAGGACAAUGAUGAUCUUUGCAUUAUUUGUUGGGAUGGUGGAAAUCUGUUGCUUUGUGAUGGAUGCCCAAGGGCAUUUCAUAAAGAAUGUGCAUCUCUGUCAAGCAUUCCGCGAGGCGACUGGUACUGUAAGUUUUGCCGAAACAUGUUCCAGAGGGAAAGAUUUGUAGAACACAAUGCCAAUGCUGUAGCUGCUGGAAGGGUUGAUGGGGUUGAUCCUAUUGAACAAAUAACCAAGAGAUGCAUUCGCAUUGUCAAAGGCAUUGACGCUGAGCUGUGUGGCUGUGCUUUAUGCGGGGGUUAUGACUUCAGCAAGUCAGGAUUUGGUCCUCGCACAAUUAUACUCUGCGACCAGUGUGAGAAGGAAUAUCAUGUAGGCUGUUUGAGGGAUCAUAAGAUGGCAUAUUUGAAGGAAUUGCCGGAAGGAAAUUGGUUUUGUUGCACGGAUUGCAGCAGAAUACAUUCUACUUUGCAGAAGUUCUUGGUUAGGGGGGCUGAGAAACUUCCUGACUCUCUCGUGGAUGUUAUGAGGACAAAGCAAGAGGAAAAAUGUUUGCAGUCUUUCAAUGAUAUUGAUGUAAGAUGGAGGCUUAUUAAUGGCAAACUUGCUUCUCCUGAAACGAGGCCAUUGCUGUCAGAGGCUGUUUCAAUCUUUCAUGAAUGCUUUGAUCCUAUAGUUGAUUCAACUAGUGGACGUGACCUAAUCCCAGCCAUGGUUUACGGGAAUGUGCGGAGUCAAGAGUUUGGAGGAAUGUAUUGUGCAAUAUUAUCGGUCGAUUCAACUGUUGUAUCAGCUGGCAUGCUUCGAAUUUUUGGUAAAGAUGUGGCAGAACUUCCUUUAGUUGCAACAAGCAAUGGUAAUCAUGGAAAGGGCUACUUCCAAUUACUCUUCACCUGCAUUCAGAGACUGCUGGCGUUGUUGAACGUAAAGAAUCUUGUGCUGCCAGCUGCUGAAGAGGCAGAAUCCAUAUGGACAGAUAAAUUUGGGUUCGACAGGAUGAAACCGGAGCAGAUUAGCAGCUAUAGAAAUAACUACAGCCAGAUGGUGACAUUCCAAGGGACAUCCAUGCUUCAAAAAAUGGUUCCGCCCUUUGAAAUCUUCAAUAUGAAAGAUGAAAAUUCCUAGCUUUCUUGUUUUCUUUCCUUUUCCACAUUCCUGAUCAUGUAUAUAUAUUCCUUUCCUUGAACGCAUUCAUGAACCAGUCAGUCUCCUUUUCCGCAUGCCUGUCCAAGGGUCAAUUAUAAUGUCAUUUUCCCGUUCUAGUUUUGA